CUCACGCUUAAUACUGCCUCAUCUACCUGGAAAAAGCAGGCAACGCUACAGAGGAAAAGGGGGAGAGAACCACUGUGAUAAAGGCAGGGCACUGGCAAGAAGAUGUGUUGAGAAGUGUUUCAGAGAAACCUCAAGCCACUAAAGAUGGAAAACGAGACAGUAAGUGAACUGAACCAAACCCAGCUUCAGCCUCGAGCCAUGGUGGCCCUAGAAUACCAAGUGGUCACCAUCUUACUUGUGCUCAUUAUUUGUGGUCUGGGCAUCGUGGGCAACAUCAUGGUAGUCCUGGUGGUCAUGAGAACCAAGCACAUGAGGACGCCCACAAACUGCUACCUGGUGAGUCUAGCAGUAGCUGAUCUCAUGGUCCUGGUGGCCGCAGGCCUCCCCAACAUAACGGACAGUAUCUAUGGUUCCUGGGUUUAUGGCUACGUUGGAUGCCUCUGCAUCACUUACCUCCAGUACUUGGGCAUUAAUGCAUCCUCUUGUUCAAUCACAGCAUUUACCAUUGAGAGGUACAUAGCAAUCUGUCACCCCAUCAAAGCCCAGUUUCUCUGCACAUUUUCCAGAGCCAAAAAGAUCAUCAUCUUUGUCUGGGCUUUCACAUCCAUUUACUGUAUGCUGUGGUUCUUCUUGCUGGAUCUCAAUAUUAGCACCUAUAAAGAUGCUAUUGUGGUGUCCUGUGGCUACAAGAUCUCCAGGAAUUACUACUCACCUAUUUACCUAAUGGACUUUGGUGUCUUUUAUGUUGUUCCAAUGAUCCUGGCCACUGUCCUCUAUGGAUUCAUAGCUAGGAUCCUCUUCUUAAAUCCCAUUCCUUCAGAUCCUAAAGAAAACUCUAAGACAUGGAAAAAUGACUCAACCCAUCAGACCAAGAAUUUGAAUUCAAAGACCUCUAGUAGAUAUUUCAACAGCACAGUAUCUUCAAGGAAGCAGGUCACCAAGAUGCUGGCAGUGGUUGUCAUUCUGUUUGCCCUUUUAUGGAUGCCCUACAGAACUCUUGUGGUUGUCAACUCAUUUCUCUCCAGCCCUUUCCAAGAAAAUUGGUUCUUGCUCUUUUGCAGAAUUUGCAUUUAUCUCAACAGUGCCAUCAACCCAGUGAUUUACAAUCUCAUGUCCCAGAAAUUCCGUGCAGCCUUCAGAAAGCUCUGCAACUGUAAGCAGAAGCCGGUGGAGAAGCCGGCUAACUACAGUGUGGCCCUCAAUUACAGCGUCAUCAAGGAGUCAGAUCAUUUCAGCACAGAGCUUGAUGACAUCACUGUCACUGACACUUACUUGUCUGCCACGAAAGUGUCUUUUGAUGACACCUGCUUGGCUUCUGAAAUAACCAUUAGCCAAAGUUGA